AUCCCUGGAGCCCGGAGACUUGGUAACUGGCGCGAGCGGACGUGUGCGCACGCGCAGGGCCGCUGCUGACACGUGGCUGGGAGCAAGGGAGUCGCUGCUCGCGCGAAGCGCCAUAGUGUAGGCCCUUGGUCCAAGCGACCCUCCACCUUCCCUCCGAGUGUGAUGAAGGCUGGUGCUAUCAUGGGAUGCGCCAUGCGGCCCCACUCUCCUCCCUAUUACUCAGAGCAGCCAGGGAGGGGCCAUCGCGCAUCUCUCAUCUUGGGACAGACUGACCUACCUUGAGUCCCUGCCCUCCCUCAGCUUAGUGGCCUCUCCCUGCAGCUGGCGUCAGUGGCAGCAUGGUCUUCUGUUUGGAAAACAAGGUGCCACACCGCCUACUGCGAAGCGCCAUGGUCCACUUCCAAGCCUCCGAAGUCCAGCAACUGCUCCACAACAAGUUCGUGGUCAUUUUGGGGGACUCCAUUCAGAGAGCUGUGUAUAAGGACCUGGUGCUUCUGCUCCAGAAAGACACACUGCUCACAGCCUCCCAGUUAAAAGCCAAGGGGGAGCUGAGCUUUGAACAGGAUCAGCUGGUGGCUGGGGGCCAGCUGGGCGAGCUCCACAACGGGACACAGUACCGAGAGGUCCGCCAGUUCUGCUCUGUCUCUGGCCACCACCUUGUGCGCUUCUACUUCCUCACCCGUGUUUACUCCGAGUACCUUGAGGACGUCUUGAAGGAACUGUCAUACGGACCUGCCCCUGACCUGGUGAUCAUCAACUCCUGCCUCUGGGAUCUCUCCAGAUAUGGCCGCUGCCCAAUGGAGAGCUACAGAGAGAACUUGGAACGAGUGUUUGUACGAAUGGAUCAGGUUUUGCCAGACUCUUGUCUGCUGGUGUGGAACAUGGCAAUGCCUUUGGGGGAGCGUGUCACUGGGGGUUUCCUCCUGCCAGAGCUCCAGCCCCUGGCAGUUUCUCUGCGACAGGAUGUGGUUGAGGGGAACUUCUACAGUGCUACACUAGCUGGGAACCAUUGUUUCGACGUCCUGGAUCUCCACUUCCAUUUCCGUCACGCCGUGCAUCACCGUCAUCGAGAUGGUGUCCACUGGGACCAGCAUGCACACCGCCACCUCUCACACUUACUUCUGAGCCAUGUGGCUGAUGCCUGGGGUGUGGAGCUACCCAAACACGACCCUCUCCCAGCCCCAUGGAUUGAAGACUGGCCAGAGAUGGAUCAUCCAUUCCAGGGAAGCCAUAAGCAGCCUCUAGACUUCAAGGAGAAGCUGGCCUUGCCCCUACUCCCACCUUUCCAUUUGCCUCCUCCCAUGUCUUUUCCUUACCCACUUCUUCAGCCCUCCCCACCUCCCUUGUUCCCACCCCUGCACCAGGAUGCCCCCUUUUUCCAAGGUCAGCCCUUUCCACCCUAUGAAUUCUUCAAACACAAUGCAAUGGAGGACUUCUCGAUGCCUUCUAACUUAGGAUGUGGCCCUGGAAUGAACUUUGUGCCUGGUCCCCUGCCACCGUCAGUGUCUGGCCCUGUCUCCCAUGGUCAACACCGGGGCCCUGUGGUCCACCGGGGCAAGCCACGCUAUGUUUCUAACAACCCCUACCAUGUACCAAGGAUCGGUGGGGCAUGUAGGCAGCGACUCAGACACUCAGACAGACUGAUCCACACAUAUAAACAGGACAGACGGGGACAUGCCCAUUCGGGAACAUGGCCUGGGUAGACAAGAUCUUAGGUUGGAACUAGAGUUGCCAAUGACCCUGAAGGGUCUGCCUGAUACCGGUAGCUGCUGGGCCGGGGUGUUCUUGUCCAUUGCUGAGACCAAUAAAAGCAUGGAAGGACAAAGUGACAUUCCUGUGUGAGGGAGUGGUUCUCCCAAACCGUGGCCUUAAGGAUUGGGGAAGCUGCCUCUUGGGCCUUUGUGCAAACUAUUCAAAAUAUAUUUCAAUGAAUAUUCUUCUAACACAGUUCUAUCUUCACAAAAACAUAUGCAGUAAAUAUCCCUUGUUAUCAGCAAGUCUUUUUGGGACUGGAAACAAUCAAGGAUUGAGUUAAACUGUCAGUAUUUUAGGUGGGAUUUCAGAUUUGGCUAAUUCUAACUUACCCUCCCCGUUGUGGUUGUGUAUAGUCAUGUGUAUUCUUGGUACUCAUCUCUUCCUGGAGGGAGGAGGACACAGUCUGAGCCUGCAUUCUUGGCACAUAGCAGGCAUUUAGUAAGUUGUUAGCACCUACCUGAGAAACUCCAAAAGCAGGCCAAACACCAGUUAGGAUCCCUUUAUUUACUUGCUGUGGUGUUCAGUAAGAGCAAAGCAAACACUGGCCAACCUUUGUUGGUAGUUAGGGGAAACAAGGGCUGAUAGAGAAGACACCCAAGGUCAUUGCAAGGGAGGGGUGGUAGCAGAGAUGCUAUGCUAAACUGGUCACAAAGAAAAGCAGAAGUUCAAGGGCUCAGCUUUGAAAUAGGGGAGGGGAAGGGCUGGAGUAUGACAGUGAUAAUGGGGCAGAAAGUGGGUGUUUAAGGACCCAUUAAAUUUGAAUUAAAAGA